AUGGCGUCCGCGUUGGUAAACAGCGUGGCCCUCGCGCCGACGGCUACGGAGGCGUUCUCCUGGCUCGGCCCCCGGAUCUCCUUCAGCCACGAUGCGGUUGCCGUUGACGCUCCUCCUCCCGCGGCGGAGGGCCGCCUCGACGGCUCCCACGAUGAUUUCGAGUUCCGCCUCCAUGACGACCCCGUCGCCAUGCUCCCCGCCGACGAGCUCUUCUCGGACGGGAAGCUGGUGCCGCUCCAGCUGGCGGUACCCAAGCCCGCGGAGGCGGAACCCCCUGCGGCUGCGGAGAUUGUCUCGCCGGAUCCUCCGGAGACGCGGCGGAAGGCGGAGAUCUCCGGCGUAGAUCCGUACCCGUUUUCCCCCCGCGCGCCGCGGUGCGCUGCUCGCUGGCGCGAGCUGCUUGGCCUCAAGCGCGCACGCGCCGCGAAGGCCAGCGUCCAAGCGGCGAUCGGUGCCGCUCCGUCCGUGGCGGCUUCCGUCGCGUCGAAGAAUGCGAUCCCUAGGUCGGCCAUCAAGCAUCUGCUCCACCGGCACCCCAAGGCUGCCUCCGCCGACGCGUCGCUUAGGCUCCCCCUCCUCCGCGACUCGGAUCAGGAGUCUUCGCUCCUCGUUUCCCGUCUCUCCCACUCAUCCUCCUCCUCCUCCUCGGGCCCCGAUCACGAGGAUAUCGCCAGGCUAUCCAUCGAUUCCGAUAAGCCCGGCCACGUCCCGUUCCGGAUCCCCCUCGCCUACUCGCGCCCCGCCGUGCCAGCGUCAUCAAGGGUGGCAUUGAACCACAGCAGGCGGACCGCCGAUUCGGCAGCGCACCAGCCUCGAGCUGUGUCGGUGGACAGCCCACGAAUGAUCUCUUCGGGUAAGAUCGUGUUCCAGGGCCUGGAGCGGAGCUCGAGCAGCCCGGGGAGCUUCACCGGCGGCCCGAGGCCUCGGACGCGCGGCGUGGAGAGAUCCUACUCCGCCAACGUCCGAGUGGCGCCGGUCCUCAACGUCGUCCCAGUAGGCUCCCUCCGCGGCUCCGGAAAGCCAGUAUCCGUCUUCGGCCUCGCCCACUUGUUCUCGCCGCAGCAAAAGAAGGAGCGCGAGGGCUCCGCCUCGAACCGGCCUCAAUCGGCCCGCUCCGCCCGGUGUCAGCGGCGUCAGGAUCAAGAUCGCAGCCCUUGCUCAAAGUCAAAUUAG